AUGUGGAGUGACCUUCUUGUAUGCAUGAAUUUGUGUAUUGUUAUACAUGAUCGCUCUUAUUGGAACAAUGGUAGACUGGAAGACGGACAAGAAAUAGCUGUUAAGCGGCUCUCAAAAUAUUCCAGACAAGGAGUCGAUGAGUUCAAAACUGAAGCGUAUGAACUCACCUGGAUGAAAAUUUGGGCAGAUGAAAGCAGGAAAACCUUACUGGACUGGCCCAAGCGCUUCCACAUUAUUAUUGGAAUUGCCCGUGGGCUUCUUUAUCUCCAUCAAGAUUCCAGAUUGAGAAUCAUUCAUAGAGACCUCAAAGCUAGCAAUAUUUUGCUAGAUAUUGAAAUGAACCCAAAAAUAUCAGAUUUUGGCAUGGCUAGAAUUUUUGGAGGAAAUGAGAUAGAAGGAAAUACAGAGAAAGUGGUUGGAACAUAUGGCUACAUGUCUCCAGAAUACGUGGUGAAUGGGCUUUUCUCGGUAAAAUCAGACGUUUUUAGUUUUGGUGUUCUGGUGUUGGAGAUUGUGAGUGGGAAGAGAAACAGGUUUCUUUCAUCCUGA